ACCUGCACACAUCAUCACUGGGACAACCAAAGAAAAAGAAAAAAAAAGAGAAAAAAAGAGGGAACUUUUCACGGCCGCUGAAGCCUCUGACACUCCACUGUAGUGUGUCAGUACUCCGGCCACCUCUCUCGGCCGUUGCUCUCCCAUGGCGAUGAUGGCGAUGGGCGCGGCGUCCUGGGCCCCGAUCCCGGCGCCGGCGAGGGCGGCGGCCGCAUUCUAUCCCGGCCGCGAUCUUGCGGCGGCGAGGCGGCGGCGUGGGGCGGCGGCGAGGAGGCCGUUCGUGUUCACGCCGCGUGCCGUGUCGGACUCCCGGAGCUCGCAGACGUGCCUCGAUCCGGACGCCAGCACGAGUGUUCUUGGGAUCAUCCUUGGAGGUGGUGCUGGGACAAGGCUGUAUCCGCUGACAAAGAAGAGGGCGAAGCCGGCGGUGCCGUUGGGUGCUAAUUACAGGCUCAUAGAUAUCCCGGUCAGCAACUGUCUGAACAGCAAUGUGUCGAAGAUCUAUGUCCUGACACAGUUCAACUCCGCGUCGCUCAAUCGUCACCUCUCGAGGGCCUAUGGAAACAACAUUGGUGGUUACAAGAACGAGGGGUUUGUUGAAGUUCUUGCUGCGCAGCAGAGCCCAGAGAAUCCUAACUGGUUUCAGGGUACUGCAGAUGCUGUGCGACAAUACUUAUGGCUAUUUGAGGAACACAAUGUUAUGGAGUUUCUCAUUUUGGCUGGAGAUCACCUGUACCGUAUGGACUACCAAAAGUUCAUUCAGGCCCACAGAGAAACAAAUGCUGAUAUAACCGUUGCUGCGCUGCCCAUGGAUGAAGAACGUGCUACAGCAUUUGGCCUUAUGAAGAUUGAUGAUGAAGGGAGGAUCAUUGAAUUUGCAGAAAAGCCAAAAGGAGAGAAGUUGAAAUCAAUGAUGGUUGACACUACCAUACUUGGCCUUGAUACUGAGAGGGCAAAGGAAUUGCCUUACAUUGCUAGUAUGGGAAUCUAUGUUUUUAGCAAAGAUGUGAUGCUUAAGCUUCUCCGUCAAAAUUUCCCUGCUGCAAAUGACUUUGGAAGCGAGGUUAUUCCUGGAGCAACAGAAAUUGGAAUGAGGGUGCAAGCUUACUUAUAUGAUGGUUACUGGGAAGAUAUUGGUACUAUAGAGGCAUUCUACAAUGCCAACUUGGGGAUAACCAAGAAACCUGUGCCAGAUUUUAGCUUCUAUGACCGUUCUGCCGCAAUUUAUACGCAACCUCGAUACUUGCCUCCAUCAAAAGUUCUUGAUGCUGAUGUGACAGACAGUGUUAUUGGUGAAGGUUGUGUUAUUAGACAUUGCACAAUCAACCAUUCUGUGGUUGGACUCCGGUCCUGUAUAUCUGAAGGCGCAGUGAUAGAGGACUCUCUGCUAAUGGGUGCAGACUAUUAUGAGACGGAGACGGACAAGAAAGCCCUUUCUGAGACUGGUGGCAUUCCCAUUGGUAUUGGAAAGAAUGCACACAUCAGAAAAGCAAUAAUUGACAAGAAUGCUCGUAUUGGAGAAAAUGUUAAGAUAAUCAAUGUCGACAAUAUCCAAGAAGCUUCAAGGGAGACUGAUGGAUACUUCAUCAAAAGUGGCAUUGUCACUGUGAUCAAGGACGCCUUAAUCCCUAGCGGAACAGUCAUAUAAAGGCAACCAAUCACCACUGUACAUAAGGUUGGGCCUUGCAGCAUAUGGUGAUCUGAUCUCCAGUGCACAUCAAGCAAUCAACUUUUAACGCUGUGGUUUAUUCCAUGCUGCCAGUUCACCAAGCUCUGCAUCAACUUGCAAGGAUAUCAUAAAAAAAAUAAAAAAUAAAAACAGGUGCCACUUAAAGGCACCAUUUUACUGUUACUAGUAUGAGCAACCGCUCUAGAGCUUAGAGGUGUUGUAAGUCCGAAAACCGUGUCUGAAAUGUGGGUAUUUUGAUGUGUAUAAUCUUUGUCCUUUUGCAUGAUCAGAUUUAAAUAUCCUGUGUUUAUUUCUACCUCUUCUGCUUAGAUGCCAUUUCUUUUUAA